AUGAUGCUUCAUUCUCUUUUAAACAUUUAAAAGUCAAACUUUUAAAACUCAUUUGCAAAUGAGUCUGGUGGAGCUAUAUAAGCUUAAAGCUUCCGGAAAUCUCAAUUAGAGUAAUAUGCUGAGGCCGGUGGGGCCAUUACAUGUACUGAUUGCAAAUAAUUCUAUGCAAAAAUUCUGAGAAUUUUUAAUUCAUCAGCCUAAUCAGGUGGAGGAUUAUACCUUGCCUAAACUGAUGGAAUAAAGAAUAAAUAUUUGAAAGACAAUGUUCUUUAAUAAUAUAUCAUCACCUUUAAGAAUAACAUUUUUGCAAGCAACUAUGCCUAAAAAAAUGGAGGAGGAAUAUUUACUGAUUUAUCAUUUUCAGGGUUUCAAAAUUUCACCUCAAAUUAGGCAAAUAACUCAGGAGGAGCAAUAUUUUGGAAUGAUGUAUAACCAAUUAUGAAUUAAGAGGCCUAGAUGAUAUUUUAAAAUAAUAAAGCAAGAAUAUAUGCUAACAAUAUAGCAAGUUACCCCUAAAAAUUGAUCAAAAUUUCAGAAGAACAGUAUAAUAAGUAGCUUUAGAGAGUCAUUGAUUAAGAUUAAAGAAGACUGUUGGCCAAUGAUGAAUUAGUUUCAGAUUAAAACAACAUAUCUUAAGGUCAUUUUAGAAGUGGAGAUUCACUUCCUUAAAUGUAUUUGGCCUUAGCAGAUAAAUAUGGAUAGAUUGUGGGAACAUAGAAUGAUCAAAAAUUGUAAAUAUCUAUAAUUGGGAGAAAAUUAAAUGCGACAUCAUAAACUUAAGAUAUGUACUCUCCAGUAAUAACUGGCAAAACGACUUUUUAUUCAGAAAACGGUGUUUACAAGCUUGAAGGAGUUCAAUUCACAGGGUCCCCAGGAUAUUCCUAUGAGUUAUCUUUCCUCUCUGAUGGAAUCGACAAAAAUAAGCCGAAUAAUAAGGAUACUUAGAAAUUGAACGAUUCAUCUCAGCAAUAAAUAUAGAAUGACUUUCUUGUUGAAAUAAAAUUACGAGAAUGUAGCAUUGGAGAAAGAUUUACUGAGUCAGGAGCUUGUGAUCCUUGCCCAGUGGGUAAAUCAUUCUCGCUAGUUAAGAUGACAGAGCCAGGUCAAUGUCGAACCUGUCCAUCCUCAGUUGCAAUUUGUAGAGGAGGAUCAGACAUAGGGGAAUCGUUAAACCAGAAAAUAAUCCAUAAGGCUCAUGUAAAACUGGGUAUCAAGGAAUACUCUGCACAGAUUGCUAACCAAGAUAUUCAUCGUCAAAUUUUGAAUGCCUAAAAUGUCCUGAAUAGACUUAAAACAUCCUAAGAUUAACAGCAAUAUUUGUAUAAUACUUUAUUCUUAACCUUAAUCAAAUAGAUUGGAGUCAUUGUAGGAGUAGUAAUUUUAAUAAGAGUAACUCUUAAUGGAGCAGGAGAUGUGAGAAACAUAACUAGUGUUUACUAGAAAAUACUUCUUAACCACAUUCAGCUUAUACUAUUGACUUCAACAUUUAACUUUAAAUGGCCAGACAUUGUUAUGGAAUUUUUUAAAACUAGCAGGACUGUAGGUGAAGCUUCUGAUCAAAUUUUCUCAGUUGAUUGCUUUUUAAACAGUAAAGAGUAAAGUUCAUAAUAGAUGAAAUAAAAUAACUAGCAGUUCUUUAUCAGAAUAUUCUAUUUUAAGCUGGCUCUUUUCGCCUUAAUGCCAUUUAUGCUUUUAAUAUUGUGCAACAUUAUAUGGAUGAUAAUUCUAAGAAAGCCCCGUCAAAAAGCAAUUAGAAAUACUAAAAGUGUAUCCUCAAUGGUUAUUCUUUUAUUUUUAAUUCAUCCAAAUCUAAUCAAAUUUGUUUUUAACACAUUCAAUUGUGUGGAUAUUGAUGGUGAAACAAGAGUUAAAAAUGAUCUUGAGAUCGAAUGUUACAGAGGAUAGCACUUCUUCUGGGCACUUGCAGUAGCGCUUCCAGCAAUGAUUGUUUGGGGUCUUGGUAUACCCUUUUUUGGAUUGGCUUUAUUAUUAAGAAAUAAAAAGUAAUUAGAUCAAAUAGUAACAAGAUAAAAACUUGGGUUUUUAUUUAGAGGAUAUAAAAGAAAGUAUUACUACUGGGAAAUAGUAAUUAUGUACAGAAAGAUAUUUUUGAUUUUCAUUCAAGUCUUUUUGCUUCAAUACGGUGUCAUAACUCAAGCAAUGGUAGUACUUAUUUUACUGAUCGGCUUUAUGGCUUUGAAUCUAACUUUAAGACCUUUUUAAACAAUAUCAUUAAAUGACCUUGAAACAUUGUCCGUUGUUACUUCUCUGACAACAAUUUACUGCGGAAUAUUUUUUAUUGUCUCAAUAAACAAUAUUGAUGGAUCAUAGGAGACUUCUUAAGAUAGCUUUUAAUCAUUCUUCACGUUUUGGCUUUAUAAAAUGAUAAGAGAAAUCAAGAAUAUGAUGAUUAAGAAGUUCGGAAAGCUAUAUACUAUUAUUUGUCUCUGUGGCAAUCAGCAAAAGUAUAAGCAGAUUUUAGAAGAUGCUGUAAUUGAAGAAGAUAAUGAUAUUUUGAGAGAAAAAUUCUCUGAAAGUCUGAAAUAAAUUGAUUAAUUGUGUGAUAGUGGAGAAAUAGUAUUAAACAAAAAGUCUUUAGAAAAACUAUAGUUGUAUCUGUCAAAAAGUAAAAUUUUAGAUGCUGGAGGGAUUCUGGCUAAAGUUUAAAAUGAUCCUAAUAAAUAAAAGCGCAGCACAAGAAUAAAGUCAAGUGCUCAUUAGAAAUUAAACGAAUAGGACUAAGCAAUAAUUAAAGAGAGGGAAAAUAUUUAAAUUGAUGAUGAAUUGGAGGUUGAUAUUAACUUUUCCGAUAAUUAGUUAGAUAGGUCAUUUGAUUAAUUUCUCUCAAACAAUAAAAGUAGAAACUAUCCUCAUGAAUACUUUAUAAACAUCUAAAAAUCAGCCAAUCAAUCAAGAUUCUAUACUGAUUAAAGCGAUCAUAAACAUUUGGAUAAAUUUGGAUAACUAGAUCUAUUAAACACUGAUGCUGACUUUAAGUUGAAAAGAUACAUUAAAUAAUCUAUGACACCUAGUCACAAACAGAGGGGAGUAAAACUUCAUGCAAUCAAGGAUAAAAUAUCAAGCAAAAUAAUACCCAACUCUGAUUUAAGCUAGGAAUUGAAAAUCUCAUUCGAUGAUAGUUUAACAAAUAUUAUCUAUAAUCCAAGCAAGCCUCAAACUAUCAUUCAAAGUGCUAGAAUGCUAAGUUAUUAAGAUCUAGAAAAUCUGCUGGAACAAGAAAGCAUUGAUAAUAAAAAGUAAUAAGCUGAAGUAUCUAUUGGGUAACAAAUUGAGAAUCAAUAUUUGAGUAUUUUCAAGAAAAUAUCUGAGAGAUAGAGUAUAUAAAUACUUAAUAAGCAUACUAAUAUUACAACAAAUGCUUCUUCAAGGUUCCAUAAAAAUAAAAUCACUCAUAAAAAAAAGAAGCUGAGAGGCUAAAGUGCUAAUAUAUAAAAACUAGAUUAAGUUGAGAGAACCAAUGUAAACAACAAGAAUGAUGAAGGAGACAGAGAUAAAUAUCUGUUAGUUAAUAAAUACUAGCCAAACUUAAGGAACAAGGAUUUACUCGUUUAAGCAUUGGAGGAAGAAAAGAGUGGUACUCUUAAUUGGGAAACUGUCGGUACUAUAAAUAUUGAUUAGUUGGUCUCUUAAGAUACACUUAUAACUAAUAAUGAUUUUUCUUGA